CCAGACGCUGACCGCUCUCUAGGGUAGCACCGACGCGUCGCAGCGCACACCCGCGCACACACACUCGUUCAUCUCCCAACUCGCUUUUCGGACCUCAUAAUUUCUACUCGGCCCUACGGAUAUGAUGCACACCUUCCGACAGCUCCUGUCGUUUGCAGCCCUGGUCACUUCCGUCUCGGCCGCCUCAGCGGACCAGUGGAGGGGCCGCUCAAUAUACCAGAUCAUCACCGACCGGUACGCGCUGCCGGCGGGCUCGGACUUCAACGCCUGCGACCCGAAGGACCAGACGUGGUGCGGCGGCACAUGGACCACCAUCCGCGAGAACCUGGACUACAUCCAGGACGCCGGGUUUACAGCCAUCUGGAUCAGCCCGGUGUCGCAGAACUACGAGGGCCCGCGGACGGCGUACGGCGACGCGUACCACGGGUACUGGAUCGCGGACGCGACGAAGCUGAACGACCGCUUCGGCACCGCGGACGACCUGAAGGCGCUCUCGCAGGAGCUCCACCGCCGCGGGAUGUACCUGAUGGUCGACGUUGUCGUGAACAACGUCAUGGCGACGUCGACGACGCCCGAUCUCUCGACUUUCCUGUUCAAGGACGAGUCGCAAUACCACUCGUUCUGUCCUAUCGACUUUAACAACGACACGAGUGUUAUUGACUGCUGGCUGGGCGACACGACCGUCACCCUGCCGGACGUCAACACGCAGGACCCGGGCGUCGUGUCCGCGUACCAGUCGUGGAUCACCGACCUCGUCAAGGAGUACAACAUCGACGGGCUGCGUAUUGAUGCUGCGAAGCACGUCAACACCGACUUCUGGCCCAAGUUCUGCGGCGCCGCCGGCGUGUUCUGCAUUGGGGAGGUGUUCGACGACGAUGUCGGACAGGCGUCCCAGUACCAGGGCCCCGACGCGCUCGACUCGAUUCUUAACUACCCGAUCUACGACGCGCUCGUGAGCGCGUUCGCCAUGCCCGGCGCGCUGAACAUAAGCGCGCUGACGGAGAAGGUCGCGCAGUCGCAGAAGAUGUUCAAGGACCCGACGGUGCUGGGCAACUUCCUCGAGGACCAGGACGUGCCCCGCUGGGGGAACCUCUCCGUCGACCCGCAGUCGCUGUAUAACGCGAUGGUGUACAAUUGGAUGUCCGACGGUAUCCCGAUUUUGUACUACGGCCAGGAACAGGGCUUCCACGGGCUCAGCGAUCCGUAUAAUCGCGAGCCGCUCUGGCCCUCGGGAUACGCGAACACGAGCACAUACCAGCUCACGACCAAGCUCAAUAAGUUCCGGAACUUCCUCGUUAACGGCACGAGCAACUGGGCAGCGACGCAGAUGGAGAUCCUCACGGAGAGCGAGUAUGGCCUUGCUUUCCGUAAGGGCGACGUUGUCACUGUCCUGACGAACAUCGGCUCCCCGCCGAAGAACGUCACCAUCGCCGUCUACACCCCCUGGGCCGCGUCGACAGCCACGACCGAGAUCCUCUCCUGCGAGAAACACGCCGUGGGGAGCAACGGCACGAUCUUCAUGGACUACAACCCCGGCGGGCGCCCGGCGGUCUUCAUGCCGGACAUGCUCCUCAACUCGUCGGGCGUGUGCGGCUUCUCGGGCCCGAACCAGUACGUCGAGCCGCCCGUCGCGGCGCAGGUCGCGUCCGGCGCGCGAGGAGGCGGCGCGGUCGUCGGCGCGGCGCUCGGGCUCGUGCUCGGCGUUUGGGGCGCGCUCGGGUGGUAACCUCGAAUGCGCUUACUUUGCACGAUUUCACGUUGGGUCGGUUGUCUAUGGAAGGUGUAACUUUAGCGGUGUGUUGGGGUAGUGCAUUCUGU